UUCUCACGUUGACUGUAAAUAAGGUUGAAAAUAUAAUACGGCUAUUUUUAUAAAAUUGUGUAAAAUAUUUACAGGAAAUCUACACACCUCUCAGUGUGUCACACAAAGCACUGUGUGCCGUGUCCAUAGAAUAAGAAGCCAUGUUCUGAUCAAUCCUGUACGUUAUAUUCGAAAUAAUAAUUACAAGUAUAUGAGUGUUGGUUGAAGAUGGCUGCCACCAACAUGUCGAACGACGGGUUUCAAAUUCAGUUCGCCUCUGUUAUGGAGAGUGUAUUGAAGACGGCAGUCACCGAGACAACGAAACUUUUCGAAACAACUAUUGGGGAUCUGCGAGCCGAAAUAUCCAGAAUAAAAGAAGAGAACGAGGACCUCAAAUCAAGGCUUCGAUCCCAUGAAAUAACGAAGAGAUGGACCGGUGAAAGUGAACGCCAAACCGCAGAACCUAGACCGAGUCAAAGUACAACACGUAUUGGAAAAUGUGACAUCGGUGUUCAAUGCGGUGAGUUCUGACAAAGCAGGCUUUACCUCGGGCUGGGGAGCAGCACCUGCAGGAGGAGGACCAGGGGACUGAGCUGCACUGUGGAGCGUAUGACGAGGAGGGCAACCCACAGAUGGCCUUUGUUCUGAUCAAACAGGAGGUGGAUUGGGAGGCAGACUAUUCUGAUGACUACUCCCCGGGUACAUACUGCUGAAGAAGGAGGGGGGAGAUCCCCCGACUCUGGUCCGUAGACAACCUCUCAGAGAGUUACCAGGCAGAGCCCUGGUCCCUCCUGGAGCCGUCAGGGCCCUGAUCAACCGUUACACCCAGGAAAGGCCUCCCACCACCCAGUCUACCUCAGGAGCUGCAGCGGCCGUCCUCCAGGGAGAUCCAGACACCCAAGAGCCCCCCAAGGCUCUCAGCCCAUCCCAGCCCAGGACCAGAGAGGUUACCAGGGGCAGUACAGGCCAGGACCAGGCUCCUGGAGCAGAACAGCAGUCAUUGGUAAUACCAGCAGCAGAGUCUCCAUCAACAUUACACCUGACAGAAUCUCCUCAAUCAGCAGCCACUAUCCAGUCUAUAUCAACUGUCCUGUCUGCUGUAAUGGCCCAGUCCACUGUAACUACUCUGUCAAUAGAAACUGUCCAGUCGACCGUAACGGUGAAGUCGACAGCAGCAGCGUCAGAGCGCAUGCCACCUGUCCUCUCCGGGUUACCCAGAACCCCUCUUCAGGAUACACAGCCCAGCCCCGUACCCCCUCGUCCACCCCGAUCAUCACCAUCACAGUCCCACACAGACGUUCUACCUGUAGCUCGUCCAAUAGCAGUGCCCUCAACACAACCAGCUAGGCCUACAGCUGUACCUGAUGGACCACCGGCCGCACCACCAACACAACCGCAACCGCCUACAGUUUUGGAGCAGUUGGGUGUUGCCAGGGCAACAUCGCUAACACCACUGGUCCAGUCCACUCCUUCUCCAACUGUGUUGACAGAACCUGCCGGCCCCCCUGAGAAGCAGGUCUCGUUGGUCACUGAGCAUGUGCAACCCUCCCCCACUGUGCCACGACCGAAGUCACCUGCUGUCCCAGAGAGGACGUCUGAUGAAGCCCCUGUACAGCUGUCAGCCCCUGCUGUAUAUACACCCUCACCCUCUGGCCGCUUUCAAAUGUCUAAGACACCGUUUUUAGCUCAGUUGUCAGUAGUACCCCUAGUACGCUCCCUGCCGAGGUUGAAGGAAGACGAGGAGGAAGAAGGGGGGGAGGAAGAUGAAGGGCAGGAAGAUGAAGAAGGGCUUUCUUCCCUCCCUGCCACUUCUACGGAAGCUGUGACAACCAGGUCUGUCGCUACGGAGACGACCCCCGCCGGCGAGAAAAAGGAGGAGAUUGUUGUCCAGGUUGGCGGCAGCCGAAAGACAAGUCGACGUGAAUCGAUCCUCUCUGGUCUCCGCCUCCGCUUAAGGCCUCGCCCCCGGGACAGUACUCCAUCUCCCGUGGUUGCUAAGAAACCCAGAGGAGAGAGAAUCGCCCCUCUAGACCAUGACUACUCAAAGGUGAUGCAGAACAGAGGAGAAAAGUCCAGGGAAUCUCACGUUGACCAGGAUGUAGUAGAGGACACCGCUAACGGUGAGACGGCUGACGACAAGUCUAGUGGACAAGGAAGUAGUAACCAAGUCAUGAUUGUGGGAGAGGGAGGAGCUAACACUGAUAUGACCUCUCCGACCAGAAAGUCACCUUUUGGUGGAGGUGUGUCCAAAUCCAAGAAGAGAAGCAUGACCUGGGUGCAGGCUCAGAGAGGUUUGGCUCUAGCCCAGGCUAAGAGGAGUAGGUCAAAGGUCACCAAGGCCUCACAGAGAGGUCUGAGGUCAGAGCUUAGAGGUCUGGUCACACAGACACAGUUUCUGCCUUCUAACCCACAGCGCCGCCUGUCAUACAGCCCUAGCCCUCGCGCUGCCUCCACAUCCAGCCCACGCCGCACCAGCCCUCGCCAAGCUACGGGAGCGAACGUGAACCCUUCCCCUACCACCCCUUCUCACCCACAGCCUCACCCGUUCAAGGUCACUUCCACCACCCCUCGCCGCUUAACACCUAGUUUGGUGGCUGCGGCGGCUUUACAUUUGAAACGGUGUCCCUCCACCCGUCAACCUAUUCCGUUCACCGGCAGCCUUCGCUCUGGCUUCAAAAAGUCCCCCCAGAGCCCACUGAUGUUCCAGCGGGCACGGCGUUACCUGCAAUCAGAACCGAUGUGGUCGCCACCGGUACCAUACCAGCUCCAACAGUCUCCCCAGGCUCCACGGAAACGUCUCGCCAAGAACCAGUGUGCAGACUGCGGUCGUGUCCUGAGCAGCGCUGCUGCUUUAGAGAGUCACGCCUCCCUCCACACAGGGAAGCGCCCAUUCGUCUGCUCUGCCUGCGGCAAGGACUUCCCCAACCUCAAAGGCCUCAACCGCCACGACCGUGUCCAUGGCGACCAGCGGGGCCAUCAGUGUCCGCAGUGCAGCAAGACCUUCGUCUACCGCUUCGGCCUGACUAAGCACAAGCAGAUGGUCCACAGUGGUGUGCGCCCGUUCGCCUGCCCGAUCUGUGGCAAACGCUUCGCCAUUCGGCGCGACAUGGAGACGCAUCUCCGCGUUCACACUGGAGAGAAACCAUUUGCCUGCUCCCUCUGUGUGAAGCGGUUCAAGAGGCGUGUGGAACUGAAUGUUCACCUGAGGUGGCACAACGGGGAGAAGAGACACUGGUGCUCGUACUGCGGGAAGGGCUUUCUGGAUUACAAUAAUCUAAAGAGGCACAAACUGGUCCACACCGGAGAGAAACCCUACACCUGCUCUGAGUGUGGCAAGCACUUCAAACAGACUGGCCAUCUGAAGAAACACCUGAAGACAAUACACAAAGACAGAUAGAGAGGACAGGGGAUGAGUCUUUAAUGGCACCCUAUUCCCUAUAUAGUGCACUAUGCAGGCUCUGGUCAAAAGUAGUGCACUAUAUAAGAAUAGGGUGUAUAGAUGGGAAUAAUAGACAUUCUCCAUUUUGUCAGUUCAAAACCCAGCCAUAUAGGUUUUAAUGGUAUACUGUGUGUAGUUUGGUGAGGAAAAAAAUACAUUGAAUCCUUUUUUUAAUUCAAUCUUGAAUUCUCACAGUGAUUAAUGACGCAGGGAUCUCAGUCUGUUCUCACAGUGACCGGGAAGGACUUGUUAUUUUAUGUUUUUCUGUACUGAUUGAUUACAAGAGUCAACACUUUGGUUGUGUAAACAUUUGGGGCUACUUUUGUUGUUUGGAAGGUUCACACUGCGAGAGAAUGACGUACCUAAGUGAUGGCGUAGUGUAAAAAAAGAAUGACGUGGCUAAGUGAUGACGUAGUGUAAAAAAAGAAUGACGUAGCUAAGUGAUGACGUAGUGUAAAAAAAGAAUGACGUAGCUAAGUGAUGACGUAGUGUAAAAAAAGAAUGACGUAGCUAAGUGAUGACGUAGUGUAAAAAAAGAAUGACGUAGCUAAGUGAUGACGUAGUGUAAAAAAGAAUGACGUAGCUAAGUGAUGACGUAGUGUAAAAAAGAAUGACGUAGCUAAGUGAUGACGUAGUGUAAAAAAGAAUGACGUAGCUAAGUGAUGACGUAGUGUAAAAAAGAAUGACGUAGCUAAGUGAUGACGUAGUGUAAAAAAAGAAUGACGUAGCUAAGUGAUGACGUAGUGUAAAAAAAGAAUGACGUAGCUAAGUGAUGACGUAGUGUAAAAAAAGAAUGAUGUAGCUAAGUGAUGACGUAGUGUAAAAAAAGAAUGACGUAGCUAAGUGAUGACAUAGUGUAAAAAAAGGAGAAAAUUUUUGAAUUUACAUUUAUUGUAUUUAAAACAAAAUCUGAUUAUUUGUACAUUUUGUUUAUUAAGAAGAUGUUAAGCUGAAAGCAAGGUUAAAUUUAGUUUUAUCGCGGUCACGCACAUUAUGGUUUUAUGUUCAACAGGUUUGAACUAGUUUCAUUUAAAUUUGUUUUAUGUUAUCUGUGCUUUCAUUGCACUUUUGAUCAAUGAUGUUCCUCAUGGUUGGUUUAAUGGAUCAUUUAUAGAAUGGUGUGGGCUGAUAGAUUUAGGCCUAGCCGUAGAAGAUAGCUUUAAGUUUAUUCUAGGGUUUAACCUAUUCAGUGCUGUUGAACGUUUAAAACCAGACAUGACUUGUUUUAAUAAUUUUUCAGCGCUAUUAGAUAUGCUUGGGAGGGUGCACUGUCUCAGCGUCCAGGCACAUGUUGGGCCCAACACUAUCAGUCAUUUGAAAGUUUAAACUGUCUAGGAUGGGCGCUCUAUGACAUUGCAAUAUCAGAUUUGCUACUUACACUGAAAAUAAAUCUGUCUCAUCUCUCUGGGUCAGUUAGCAAGAACCAAUUAAAGUUCAUAUUUUGGUUUGGC